AUGUUAAUUUGCAGGCUAAUUUUUGCUUGUUUUCUUCCUCUUAUUUUAUUUAAUUCUUCAGUUUAUGGCUUUAUCGAGGGCCUCUAUUGUGGAACAGAAAACUGCUACGAUGGUAAGAAAGUUUUUGUUUAUUUUUGUCAACUUAAAACUCUUGAUCUUACGACUUAAGAUUGUGAAUUUUCCGGAAUUUUACAACGGGGACUCUCCAGUUCAAUUGGCUGUGUUAAAAAACAAUUAAGUGAAAUUUAAUUCUUCCUAAACUGAUUUGAUUGUUUUCUGAUUUUUAGUUCUUGGUGUCUACAGACAGUCAUCGAAAGUAAGUUUCACCAAAUGUUGUUACGUUAUAAUCAGUUGUUAACCGCGAUUUCCGUCUUGGCCAUGAUUUCGUGGUUACUACUUUGAUGAUUUAGAAUGUUAAAUAAAACGAUUUUCAUUUUUUUCCCAUUACUAUGCAAAUACAGUGUUAAUAUAGUGGCUUUAAAAUACCCUUACAAGUAAAUAUUUAAAGCCUUCUUAAAGAAAAAUAUCUCUUUGAUGCGCAAAAUGUCUAAUUUUAGUCACAGCUGUGUAGAUUUAGCCCUGUUGAUAUCAGCUUGCCCUUGUGUGUUUUCCACAAAUACAUUUCCUUUUUGCGUCAGCCUUUUGAGAUGUCUUAAUUAAUGCAUUAACACGUAAAUGCCAGUGUUAAUGCAUUAAAAGACAGAUAGCACCUAUAUCUAGAUUCUAGGGUCUUUCUUGCCAAAAAAGCAAAUUAUUAAUAAAUAAUACAAUCCUUAACUUUUUGUCUGAUAUCUGUUUUAGUAUAUAACAAACAGGUGUGUUGUUGUUAAAGUGUUUUACUCUUACCUGUUGUGAUAUAGACUGCAGAUGUUGGCGGUACUAUUAAAAUAUCACAGCUUAAUCACACUACAAGAGUUUUUCUGACAUGAGUUGCUCUAAUUUCUCUCUAGGGUGAAAUAGGUAAAGCGUACAGGAAACUUGCUCGGAAGUAUCAUCCUGAUCGAUAUAAGGUAUUAUAUUGAGCCUCUUUGGCUUCAAUUCUUGCAAAACUACAUACCUUUUUCGUUAAUGAAAGUUUAAUGCAAAAAGAUUUGUUACAGCUGAUCUUAAGACAAGUGUAAAGAGGAGAGUCAUGAGACAUUCAGCAUAUUGGCUUUUAUUUUGGGUCAAACAAUUUCAGUCAAGAAGGUUAAUACCUAUAUUUACCUUAUUCUCUUGAUUUACAGUAAAAAAUUACAAAAAUCAACUGCUGUUCUGUCGAUAUGUUGGGAAUGAAAGGUGAUCUGAUUCUCUAAGCUAGGAAAAAAAAUUUGUUUUUUGGACAAGUAAUGUUAUACCUCAAACAACAGUCAAACUAAGUGGCUUUUGUAAAGGGUUGGCUGUUGGGGUCAAUAAAAGUGUACAAUGACACCAAUAAAAUUGUUUUAUUGUCAUUGUUGAGGUGUAAAUGUAUAAGGAAAACUGUGUUCAGAACAAAAAUGUGGAAUAUACAAAGUGAGGUACAACUGUAACUUGGGUAUACCUAUUGAUUUGAAGGAAUAAUAAAGUCAUGUUGAAGUGAUUUUUCAACCAGGGCUUAGUUGUUUGAAGGCUGAUUAGUGAUAACGCGGGGUUUUUUUUUUGGUUUCCUUUUCUUGCAAUAGCAAGAAUUAAACUGAAUUUGCUUAUUAAGCUUAUUGCACCAACCCUGGGUUAUCUUAACUUAGCUUUAGACCACACCGGCCCUGGCCAUUUACCAUUUUAAACUGAGAACAGAUUUUACUGGUCAAAAAUGUAUCUGGCUAUGACUGAGGAUGAGUUUACUUUGGAUAUUUUGGCAGUUUCCACUGUGGAGUUGUAUCCCUUGUAGAGGUUAACAUAAAAGUGAAUUACUUGUGUAGAUAGUCCACCAACACAAAGCAAUUUUAUUAAAUGGCCAUAGAGAGAUGAUUGUUGUUAAGGUUACAAAUUUGUUAUAGUGGAACCUCGUUUAUACAGUCACCAAUGGGCCAAAAAGAUUUGGCCGUUUCAACGGGUGACUGUAUUAACAAGGGUUUUUUACAAGAAAAUGUAUGGCCGUUUUGCUGGCAGCCUAAAAAAGUGACCAUUAUAACGAGGUGACCAUAAUUAUUACUGAGGUGGCCAUAAGGCGGGGUUUCACUGUAUGAGUUUUAUGUACAUGUACAUAGUAUAGAACUAAACAUUUAUCCAGAAUAGUGUUUUUUAUACUGCAUUCUCAUUCAUAUUUUCAUAAGUUUGGUAAGAUCCAUACUCUCUUUUCUUCAAGCAUACAGUAACAUCUAUUUCUGUCAGUGGUGUGAUAAAACAGGAUCAGACUUUUUUAUUAUAUUUCAUCCUUGUUUGAUUUAUAGGGUGAAGACGCUGAAGCUAAAUUUCAACUUAUUGCAACAGCUUAUGAGGUAAAAAAUAUACAAAAUAAUGCAAUGUUCAAAAUUGAAUAAAUUUUUUUAUCACUUUUAUUUAGUUUAUCCCUAAUAAGAUAAUAUCUUUAUGAUUUGAUAAUAUCUUUAAUGUUCAGCUGAUAUUUUACAGCCUGUAGAGUAAACAAUAGGGAGGUCCUUGAUAGUGAUAUUGACAAAUAUUUCAGGUCUUAAAAGAUGAUGAACAAAGAGCAGAUUAUGACUACAUGUUGGAUCACCCAGGUACCAUUCCAUAUACUUUACAUGUACAAAAAUUACCAAAAAAAAUUAUUGUUCCGUAAUACGAAGGUCUGUGGAUCCAUGAUUCAUUCUUCCAUUGAGUCCCACUGUUGUUAUUUUGCAUCUUCCUUGGAUCAAAUCAAUUUUGACUUCAGUAUGGCUAGCUGGAGCAUGACAUACAUUCAGGCCAUCUGAUAGGGUGCGACAAAAAAUCAGAAAUUGUGGGAUAUUUUCAGGGUAGAUUGUGUGAUAAUAUAGGACUAUCAUGGAUAAAUUAUGCAAUUUUUUCAGGCUAAUUACAUUGUUUUACCAGGUUUCACAGGAGAAAACCCGCUUGUUGUUAACAGGCAAUUUGAAUUUGAAUGUAAAGGAAUAAUAGAACAUCUAUUUCAAAACAAAAUUGUGAAAUUUGUCUGAUUAUCUUGACCCGGAAAAGAAAAAGGUCCCUUGUUUAAUAUUACAUGACACAGUUACAAGGUUUCAGAUGUCUUGCAAGGCUUUCUUUAGUGGUAAAUCACCUUAAAUAACAUUAAGAUUGGGAAAAUGUUUAAUUAAAGUUAGAAUUCAUUGUUUACUUUACUUGAAUUUAGCAUUUUUUACAAAUUAUUUGAUUUUCCUCGAAAUGUGCGAUCGGAUGCGAUUUGAGGUCAAUAGUGCGAAAUCACACCAUCGCGUAAUAUCAGAUGGCCUGUACAUUUUAAAUGCCAAUGGGCCUUAGGCGCGGUUCAAACAUCUGAAUUUCACACGUGCCGAAACUAAUGCAAGACGUUGAUAGAAAACAAUAGAUUUUUCUUGUUAGCAUUAAAUUCAGCAUUAAAUUCUUAGCCUUAGUUUUGUUUAUUCUUGUUCAGCCUUAUGAUGCUGAGGAGGAGAAAGAUGAUAAUUAUGACAUUUCCCACCUCCUUAACAGCAAAGUGACAGCCCUUAUGACCCUGAAAGUUCUGUUCACAGUGCUGGCAGCAUGGGUGAUCCAUGCUCCUUUGCAUAAAUUUGGAGAUUCAAGUAUGGUGGACUUGAAUGGAGUCAAAACCAAUAAUGGGUUUCACAAUUGUUGUGAAAUUGCGCACAUUUUAGGCAUCCCACUGAUGAAUAGAACUUAUGACAUAGAUAUUUCAAGCAACAACAAUUUGCUGUCUGUCCUGUUUGAAUUGCAUUAACCUGAAACAUGUUGUCUUAAUUUCAACAGAGGAGACAUAUGGACACUAUUAUCGUUACUACAGAAGACGAGUUACUCCAAAAGUGGAUGUACGAGUGGUCAUAGCAGUGUCUAUAACAGUUGUAUCUUUGCUGCAGGUACAGUACAGCAAUGUACAGUUCUGUAAUAAAUAUGAUAAUAAUGGGUGAUGUGUAGUUGCUUAUUAAAUAAAUAAUAAAAUAUAAUAUUCAUUUAUUCAUUAAUAAUACAAACAAAACUUUAUAAUAAUGAACAGGUGACACCAGGGCCAUAGCCAGGUGAAAAUUCUUACAAACUGUAAGGCAAUAUCCCAGAAAAAAUUGCCACGUACAUCUUUCGUGGCCAUUUAUAUUAUUAUGAAGACCCAAUCAAGAAACUUCAAAUUUUUUGUCAAGAGACAACUGACCCAUAUUGGCUACACUAAACCAGUACCAGUGAUAAUAAUGUAUUUUCCAUGGUUGGUAUUAAAGUAAACCCAAGACUUAGAUUUAUAAGACAAUCUGAAUAUUGUUUUCAAGAGUGUUUAGAUGAUUUCUCCUUUUUCAGUAUCUUCAUGGCUGGUCUCGUUACAAUGAAGCUGUAAAGUAUGCCUUAACAAUGCCAAAAUAUCGAAACAAGGCUAUGCAGAGAGCAAGAGAAGAAGGCCUCUUAAAUAACUUGAAAAAGGGAAAGAAAUCUAAGGUACAACUGUUUCUCUCAAUAAUUUGGUUGUAAGUUUAAGAUAGAUGUCCACUUUUGCUGCAGAAAAGAUAAUCACUGAAGAUUCUUUAUAAGUUUUUCCAAAGAUAGGGAUGUCUACCCGGCUGACUAUAUACUAGCCGUAGUUCCAAUACUUAGGAAGUGUGGGCAAACAUUGUAUUUACAUUUGCGAUAAAUCGAUUGAUGUUGAGGACCGCCUUCAUGUUAAUAAAUUACUGAAUGGUAUGUGCGUUUGUAAAUAAGAUAGGACUUUUAAUUGGAGUAUCAACAGAGGAAAUCACCAUAGAAUCAUGUUAGUGGAAAUUUGAUUGAACCACACAGUAAACAAUACUAAUAUUGAAUUCAACUACAUGACACUUGCUCAGAUAAGCUCAUGACAACAUGACAGUUUACACUUAUAACAGUUUCCAGAUGACAAGCUAUGCACUACCCUCUGUAAGCUGAUAAAGUAAGCUGAUAAACAUGCUUUGCACCACUAUAGUGACAAAAUACAUGAGAGAAAUGGAGAACAAUUAGUGUUUAAAUAAUUAUUGUGGAUUAUAAACUGAAAGGAAGUGUCUGCUUACCUUAUCGAAAACUCCUCUUUCAUGAAAUUUCUUCUUGUUAUAUGUCUUUGCUAACUUCUCAGCAUGCAGCACAAAAAGGCAGCAUCGGCGUUGUGGAAAACGCUGAAGGUACAUACAGUGUAUGUAUUCAUGUACUUCUAUUCACGUGAGCACUGACCUUGAACUCAACACCACGGCCUUGGUGGCCAUUUGUGGCCACAUACUGUGCAGCUUAAGAAAGUGCCACUGACCACCCCACUAAGUCUUACGACUUACGACUGUUUUACUCUUUUGUCUUUGGUUACAGGAAGAAAUAAAGGAAGAAGAGGAAUCCAUACUCAGAGAAGUUGUAGAAAACUCUCUGGACAUCAGGUGAGUUUGAUGAUUUUAACUCCACACCUUCCUCCCGCGAUGAACUUUGUUGUGUUGAGAUGUACAAGUAUUGCAAAGCUCAAUGACCUUAAUAGACUUUGCAGGGCUUGAAAAUAAUGUGUAAUGGCUGGUCAACAGACAAUGUCCAGUCAAAAAGUCAAAAUAGGCUUUGUCCAUCAAGUCCUUGGAUAACGGACACUUUGUCUGGUCGCUUACUCUUGUAGUGGAAAUGCAGUGAUUUUGUUACCUCUGCGUCCUGUUUCCCUGAUGCAUAAAAAUCCCCAAAGACACAAAAUAAUUAGUGGUAUGCUUCCCGCAGGGUGCAAAGAUCAAUUGAUCGAUCUGGAGAUGUUUUGACCCCACACAAUAAUUUUGUGUUCCUACCAAAAUUUAAUGGACUUCAAAGUCUGUUUGCCAGACAUCCUAGAAUGAUCCGUCCCUUCCCAAAAAUCGGCCCCGUUGAAAGAGGGAUGAGACAUGCAAAGCCUUCUGGGAGUUCCAUCCACCAUUUCGUCUUUUUUUGAUGUAGAUGGAAGGUAAUUCUUGAUUGGGUGUUGCCCUCACGGGCAGCCCAAUAAAUAGAUGCAACAUAUGGCUGAAAGGUCUUGCAUAAAGAUAAAAGUUGAAUCUUGGUCAACUUUCAUGUUUACACACAGCAUUUCGUUCAUUGCCUCAAUUAGGCAAGUAAAAAUAACAUGGUUGAAGUAUUCCUUAAAGUCCUGCUAAUUACUAGCCCCUGAAAGCUGUUUGCCAUGUUUACAUUUAAGAUUGUGUUUUAUCAUCUUGAAAGUCUUAAACUAAAAGUGAGUUAACAAAGCAAAAUGGAUUGGUUUGUAAUAAAAGCCCCUCAGUACCGCUGUUUAAGUUUUGGCUUAAAAAUUUGACGUGAAGAGAAAGGAACUUUUGAGGAGUCAAUCCAAGGCGCCUGGCUGCGGUUUAUACGGAACUUGAUUUAUGUAAUUACAUGUACAGUGUAACUCUAUGCCUUGUUUCUCUUUGAUAGUCUCUCAGACCUAAUAUUUUAUUGUUUUCUUAGGGGAGGUUACAGUAAACCAAAAAUAACAGAUGUCCUUUGGCUGAGGAUUGUUUUUCUGUGAGUUGUCAAUAAUUUUACCUACAAUAUAAGCCUUCAAAUACAGCCAUCCCUCUUCACAAGGAGGAUUGAUGAGUACAAUGUAGAGGCUGUAUUUUUGGGACAAUUAAUUAACAAUUAAUGAAUGAGGCUGAGUAUCUUAUGUUCAUAUGAUACGAAAGCCGAAUUCAAUAAUUGUUUUAUUAUUCAUUCAAAAUAAUUCCUAGUUUAAAAACAAAGCUAAAACAUGCUUACCCCCAUCGAUGUUAAGUGAUAUCGAUAGUGCACGUUUAGGGUUGUUCAGCUCCGCAAAUAUUCUCCAAAUAGCAGAUGUCGCCCUUCGAGUUGUGUUCUUGCCGUUCUUGCCAUGUUUUUAGCUAUAAUUUCGCUUAGUUCUUACCCUUGAAACGAGUGAAAUGUCCGCCAUUUUUUGUUUUCACAACCAAAACAACUCAACCUCAUCCCCAGGUCUUCUCGGUUAAUGGUGCAUUAACCUGCAAGAACGCUGCAUUUUUGCCGUCAUUUCCUCGUUAAACACAAAAUUCCUCCAAAUUUGGUCAUCAGUAACUGGUAAUGGUGAAUUAUGCGUGUGCUUUUAGCCAGUCAGAAUCGGGGAAAUAUUUUGAAUGAAUAAUAAAAGCUUUUAACUGUUUGUUUGUUUUUUGUAGUUGUUGUUUUUUCUUAAUAUUAUUCUGUGACAAUAGAAUCCUUAUCUCUUAGCAACUACUCGCUCAAAAUUGUUAACUCAAUUUUUCUUUCUAUUUUUUAGUCCCUAUACGAUUUUAUGCUACAUUACAUGGCUGUUGCGCUGGCACUGGAAAUUUACCAUAUGUGGGGAGGAGUAUGGUGAUGAAGAGAAACAAUACAUUAUAAGGAAAAAAUUGGGAUUGAGUUCCAUACACUGGGAUGCUUUAGAUGCUGCGGAGAAAAAAGUAUUCUUCUCACGCCAGCUGUGGAUUGAUUCUAACUUCCAAGUAAGUUAAAUCUUCUUGAGAAAAGAAAUCUCCUUAAGAAUGAAAGGUGGUGAAGGUUAAGUUCAGAAAUGGAUGUGAGAGAUGUCGUCGUGGGCGCGGGACAGUGCAAAAAAUCCUGAAUGCCAGACAGGAUUUGAACUUAUGACCUAUGACUGAUUCAAAUCUAUGACUAAUACUAGUAAAUAACCAAAGGUUAGAGAGUGCAGGCGAUUUUAUUGCUUCUAAUCGGAGGUCAAAACGCUCUUGCUCCAACGCUGGUUCUUUGCGUAACUUUCACUUGAUAGAAUGUUAAAACGAGUGAUAGAAGGUACUUGAGGUUCGAACACGUGUGAUCAGAGUGCGUUCUUUGCAUUCCAUUCACUCUUAGUGGAAGUCCAAACGAAUGCUUCUUACAUACAUGCGACGCAUGCAUAAUAACAACCUGUUGGUUCAGAUUAGGACUGUGGGCUCCCCUUGUCGCCUGCAAUAAAUCUUUUAUUGUCAUAGAAACUUAUCACAAAGACAGUAACUCUUACGUGUAAAAGCUGUUCUGUGGACAAAUUUAGUUAUAGGCCGGACAGAGUGCACAAACUGAAUUUGACUUCGAUGGAUUUUUUGCAGUCUGCUAGAGAAGCAAAAUAACCCCUAUUUUGUCCAUCACAUUGUGUGUUCCACGCACAUAAAAUCCGUCAUUCUUUUUUCACAUAUUCCAAUAUUUAACAAUUAGUCCUCGAGCCCGAAUGGGCUAUUGACUCAGAGGCCAUGAGGGCGAGAGGAAUAAUUGUUUUAGCAGAAUCAACUAGUUGGUCCAAAAUAUCUAGACAAAACAACUUAAAGCAAGACUCUAAUCCUUUUUGCCGCCAAAAAUCCGGCGCUUUUCGCUACUAGUGGGCUAUAACAUAUAGCCUAGUAGUAGCUCAACCAAUCAGAACGCAGCAUUGAUAAUAGACCACUAGUUGGAUUUUACUAAAUUAAAUUCAACAGCGCUGCUUUCACUGGAGAAUAAAAUUUGAUAUUGUUGCAAUACUGCGUGGGGAAAACGGCAGUAAGUUUCAUCCUUAAUAGAAGGCGUAGCGGAACAGAGACGUUUUCUGCGUGUUGACGUACUUUUGAUCGCCCUCUUGAUUUUCUCCGUAGGAGUACAAAACUGAACAAGAAGAAGAAAUGAGAAUUAAACUUGCUCAAAGUAACAAGUUCAAAGCCUACAGGUAAUGAACGGUUUAAACACAAUACAAAUACCAUAGAAACUAUUUUGGCUUACCUAGUGUGUUUUGUUGUAGUCGGGGUUUUGGUAAUCUCUAUUUGAAUCGUGGCCUUAAAUGGGGCUGUCACGUAGCCUGCGUAGCUUGGCGGUUUUGUCGGGAGCACGAAUGAGCGGCGAAGCGCGCGCGAACGAGCGGCGAAGCCGCGAGAAAAGUUGCUCCUGCCCCAGUCUCCUCGCGGUUUCUCUGCCCUCGCCCGCCUUUAUUAUUUAGCGCGCUCAACCAAAACCGCCAUGCUACGCAGGCUACAAUUCCGGACAAAACUACUUGAGAAAGUUUUCCCCAUCAUGUCCACUUUCCUACGCAACAAAACUAUUUCCAAACCGACGCCUUUGCGGAAAGAAAACCCCUUCCCCCAAUUCAAUGUUGCUUCCAAAAAACACCUAGAGAUCAGGCUUUCUUUUGAAUACACAACAACAUUGCUUUCAGGGGAAGGGGGAGAGGGAAGAACCGGUACAGCUACGAUGUUUAGAAAAAUGCUGUCCAACUAUACAAUUUUCUCAACAGUUUUGUCCAACAUUGUAGCUGUCACGAGGAUAUCCCGCGCUGUUUUAAGUCAAUUCUGUGUUGAACUCAUUACUUAGUACCUUUACUCUUACAAAAAAAUGCCCUGUAGAGUUUUAAAGAAGAUAUCAAACUGACUUCAUCAGAGAGGUACUAAACGUAAUAAUUUUCUGGUGAUAUUUGCUGGCGUGGCAUUAAAAAACUGCAACACUCUUUUUGGAUUUCAAUUGACGCGAAGCCACGUGUUAGUUUUGUUCUAAAAAAGAAAGAAAAUAGCGUGACAGUCAUAGCCCCUGUUAAACGUUCAUUGCAACAUUUUGCACAUCGUGCGCGUGAAACGCAAAAACGCGCGCCGUUCGUGUUUUCGCGUGCCCUAUUUCACCUUUACUCCCUUUCGGAAAACUGUCACACAGGUUAAUACCAUCCCUGGUUGCAGUACAACUUCCAUCUCUUGGUUAAAUUGUACUGACUGUUAUUUUUCAGACGAUACAUGAAGAAGGGAGGUCCAGGCCAGAUGACCUUCAUUGAAGAUGACUAAUAAUUUCACAUCUGUCAGAAAAACAACAACAGGAAUAGAGAUAGAGAGAUAGCUAGCAUUACGUUUACGGCAAAAGACAGAGAUGUCCAUAGGAUUGCUAAUACACUAGCCUGUGUGCAGACUCCCCCCCCCUUCCUCCCCACCCUUCCCCUCAGGAAAAUUUGGCGUCUGUGAUUCACCGUCGCUAAUAGUGUAUUGGAAUAAUUCUGCAUAAAUAAAACAAUAGUUUUCGCCUACCAAUGUUUCAUGUUUCAUGUCAUUCCAGUUCUUAAAAUGUCGGUGCAUGCGACAUUUCCAUCGAGCAAUACACUUUUUUACCUAUA